GCGCGCCCUCAUGUUUUGGCUUUCUGAGGCUUGGCACAAAUUUCGCGCUUGCAUCACCAGGCUUACGACUCACGAAGCAGCGCACGAGUUUCCGCAAGUGACGCGGGACGAUAUUGAGCCCGAUUACGCCACUGGCGCCUAGACGUACUAGUUAGAAACAGCUAGAAGCAAAGCGCCAACAAUGCAAGCGCGGAAUCAGGUCGAUCAACCUUGAUCGUCCCGAGCGGGCAAUGCGCUCUGCUGCUCUGCUGCCGCGCUGCCACCCCUAACAGUCGAGUAGCGGCGAGCGCGCCUCCCUGCGAGGCGUCCUGCGGCCCGCUGACAGCGUUUUAGGGGCCGACUCCCUCUGCCCGCUGACAGCGUUUUAGGGGCCGACUCCCUCUGCCUCGCUGCGGCCCGCUGACAACGCGCCGCACGCGGACUCCCUCUGCCUCGCUGUGCGCGUCGCUGCGUCGCGGCCUACGAGUAGCGCAGCUCGCGUCGAGGUGAGCCACCCAUCGCGGCACAGGAGGUCAGGCGCGGGCGCAGGAGAUCAGGGGGGUGCAGGAGGUGAGCGACAGGCGCUGUGCGCUGUGCGUGGCGUGGCAUGGCCAACUUCCGCGCGGUGGGGCAGCGCGUGCUAUGCCCGGCGACGGACUGCAUCGACAUCAGCAACGCGCCCGAGGAGGCGGUGGUCAAGAUGCCGCGCCUUGGGUUCGGCACGUACAUGAUCUCAGCGCGCGAUGCGGAGGCGGCGGUGCUGACGGCGCUGAGGGAGGGGUACCGCCACAUCGACACCGCGCAGCUGUACCGCAACGAAGCCGCCGUUGGGCGCGCGGUGCGCGCGAGCGGGCUGCGGCGCGAGCAGGUGUUUGUGACGACCAAGCUGUGGAACGCCGACAACGGCUACGACGCCACGCUCAGCGCUUUCCACCGCUCGCUCUCCGAGCUGGGGCUCGACUACGUGGACCUGUACCUGCUGCACUCACCCAUGCGAGUGGACGCGCGCCUCGACUCGUGGCGCGCCAUGGAGGACCUGCUGAGGGGCGGGCGCGUGCGCGCCAUCGGGGUGAGCAACUUCGGGCAGCAGCACCUGGAGGAGCUGUUUGCGGCGUGCAGCGUGCGCCCCGCCGUCAACCAGGUCGAGUUGCACCCCUUCGGCACGCGGCGGCAGCUGGUGGACUUCUGCCAGCAGCACGGCAUCGCCAUGCAGGCGUACUCGCCGCUCACCAAGGGCACGCGCCUGCGUGACCCCACGCUCGUCGAGAUGGCGGCGCGGUACCAGAAGAGCACGGCGCAGCUGAUGGUGCGGUGGUGCCUGCAGAAGGGCUUCGUGGUGCUGCCGCGCUCCGUCAACCCGGCGCAUAUCGCUGCCAACACCCAGGUGUACGACUUCAGCAUUUCCGACAUUGACAUGGCCAAGCUCGACUCUCUCAACGAGGACUAUGUUACAGGCUGGGACCCAACUCGAGGCCCAUGAACAUAACUAAGGGAUAAGUCUAUUAGUGGUCGCAAAGAUUCAAUGUAACGCAAGGACUUCGAUUGUGCAAGAAUAUGCACAAACGGGUUUCGCUGCUCUCGAUAAAUUUUCCCUAGGCCCCCAGUAUAUAUACCGGUACAGGGGGAAGGUUAGUUGGGGCCUUUUUUCGGGCAGAGAAUGAAAUACACUUUGGUAGUGCUACCAAUUGUGAUAAUAUUGUCAACAAAUAUACAAUACACUAGUUAGUAUAUCUUGUUAUAUCCUAGCUAGGUCAGUUCUUAGGGGGUAUAACCACACCCUUGUACAACCCUCGACACUGAGUCA